CAGUUGUUAUUGGUAUUGAAAAUACCAAAGAACAAGUGGCUGUAGAAGAUCAAAUCGAUACCGUAGAGAACAGUAAUGACCAGAGAGAUGAUGUGCAAGAAAUAUCAAAAACCAACAUUGAAAAAGUAGAUAAUUUAAAAAUACUUGCUUCGGAAAUAAACUGUUUACUCCUUGAUAAUGACCAAAUUCUAGAUUUCUUUGAUACCAAAAAUGACUUAGUUAAUAAUCAAGAUAUUUCUGAAAACAAUUUUGGAAAAUCAUUGGACGAUAAAAAUAAUUUAGGAGAGACAGAAGAUUUAAAACAUUAUGAAAUAAAUACCGAAGAAAUUAAAGAAGAAUUUAUAAAUUUAAACGAUCUUGAGAUAUCAAAGAUUAAACUAGAAACAAUUAUUGAUAAUAAUCUAAGAGUUGACUCUAACAAAAGUACAAAACAAAUUGAAAAUUCAACCUUUAAAAACCCAUCAAAGUUAGCAAUUGGUGAACUAAAUAUCUCAUCAGAAACUCCUAAAAGGGAAUGUUUAUCUAUCAAUAGAGAUAUUGAUGAUAUAAAUAUAGGAAGUUUGAAUUCCAAUAUUUCUGUAAAUGAAACUAUGCAGAUGACUAAUGCUAAAGUUGAUACUAUAGAUCAACGUGCAGAUAUUUCCAAAACUGUAACACAAGAUACAGCAGACGUCAGCAAGGAAAGAACAAAUGUAAUAACAAAAGAUUAUUCUGACGAUAAUCAUAAUUGUGAUAGUACUUUAUCUAUAAGUGAAGUUCAAGAAAACAAGGAGAGAAAUACUACAAACGACAAUAAUGAAUAUGUACACUCCAAUGUAACACCUGAUACUAUAAAUAUUAAUGAAGAUACAUUAAUAAACAAAGGGAAAAUUAAUGAUGAGAUUAAUCUUGUUACUGCUCUUGAAAAUAAAGCCAGUCUUCUAAAUGAUUUUAUGUUUGAAAGUGAAAUUAGUGAUUUGCCUACAGAAGAACCAUUAAAUGUUCUUUCUAUAAUGCCAAAACUGCAUUGUGUAGAAAAAAUUGCAGCUAAUGAAACUGAAUGCGUGAUGUUAGAAAAUGUAAAUGUCUUAAAACAAGCUGAACUCAAUGCUGCGGAAAAUAUUAACCAACAUGCAAAAGUGGAACACGAAUUAAACAUCGCUGCAAUCGGGAACAUAAUUAUAGAUUACGAUAGUAUAAAAGAAAAUUCUUUAACUGUAGGUGAAGAAAAAAAAAGUAUAGAAAAAGCAACUAUGGCUCUAACUUUGGACGACCAUUCGUUCGAAAUCGUGUCAACCAAUGUCGAUAUUUUGGAUGGGUGUAUUAAAGAUGUGAUGAUAAAAGAAGAACAGAUUAUAUAUUCAGACACUAAUGAGGCGUCUAAAAUGUCCACAAGAUCGACCAAACGUUUAAGUGAAAACGAUAAUCCUGAAGACAUAGCAGUUAAUAUACUAAAUGAUCAAAUUCAAAAUACAGAUAAUUUAGUCAAAGAAAAUAUAGAAACUAAAGUCGCAUCGUUAAAUAAAACAACAGAAAUAUUGAACGACGACGACACUCAUAAUCAAGAAAAUGUAGGUUUAAAUAAGGAGCAGAGCGAAUUAGCUGAUAAAUUACAACAAUCCAUAAAAAAGCCUAAUCAAAUAUUUGAAACGUCAAUGAUAGAAGAAAAUGACACCAUAGAUAAAGUUAAAAGUGAUGUUUUGAUUACAAAGAUCAAGACAACAGAUGAUGAAAAGACUAUAGAUAGAAAAGAUAUUGAGGAUAUAAAUCGGAAAUUGAGUGCAAAAUCAAAAGGAUCAACGACAAAUAAUAUUGGUGAAAGUGAAAAUAAAAUUGACACAAACAAAAUCAUUAAUGAAACUAUAGAUCUAUCAAAUAAAGAGCUGUCAGAUGAUAAUAAAAAUACUGAAAAAAUAGGAGUUGAAUUGAAUAACUUAGAUCCAGGAAUUGCUUCAGACAAUAAUAAAAAUCCAGAAGCAAUAAUUGAAAUUAGUACAAACAAUCAAAUACAAUUGACAGAAAAUAUUGUAGAAAAAGAUAAGACAAAACGAGGAAGUGAGGAAAAUAAAUCAUGUGCUCAGCCAGAUGAUAAAAAAUCGCCUUCACCCGAUACCACAAAAAGUAAUACUAAUAUAAGUGAAAUAAACAUUGACAAAACCAAAGUUAUCGGUAAAAGUAUCGAUGAAAUUAAUGAAAAAUUAUCAGAUAACAAUGAAGAUAUUGAAAAUGUUGGCGUGAAAUUGGAUAAAAUAUGUCAAGAAAAUGUUUCAGACAAUAAUAAAGCUUCAGAAGAAAUAAUUGAUAAAGACAUUUCAUAUGUUAAUAAAAAUCAAAAAGACAAUGAAAUCGGUUUAGACAAUCAAAUUAAAUCCACGGAAAAUGUUGUGGAAAACGACAAGACAAAAAGUGGAAGGAAGAAAAAGAAAUCAAGCCCUCAGCCAGAUGAUAAAAAAUCACCUUCACCCGAUACCACUGUAAGUAAUAUUAUUGGUAGUGAAAUCAACAUUGACGAAACAAAAGUUAUCGAUAAAAGUAUUGAAGAAAAUAAUAAAAAACUGUUGGAUGACAUGGUUAAAAUUACAUUGGAUAAAAUAGAACCUGUGAUUCCUCCAGACAAUAAUAAAGUUCCAGAAGAAAUAAUUGAAAAAUAUAUUUCAAAUAUUGAUGAAAAUGAAAAUCCGAAGAACAAUAAAAUUGCUAUAGACAAUCACAUAAGAUCAACAGAAAAUGUUGAAGAAAAAGACAAGACAAAACGUGGAAGUAAGAAAAAGAAGUCAAGCCCUCAAACAGAUUAUAAAAAAUCACCUUCACCAGAAUCAAAAAAAAAUAAUACGAGUGUUGAUGAAUCAAACAUUGACACAACAAAAUUUAAUGAUAAAAGUUAUGAAAAAUUGUCAGAUAACAAUAAAGAUUCUGAAAAUGUUGGCGGUAAAUUGGAUAAAAUACUACCAGAAAUUGUUUCAGAAGAAAUAAAUGAAAAAGACGUUUCAAAUGUUGACAAUCACAUAAGAUCAACAGAAAAUGUUGAAGAAAAAGACAAGACAAAACGUGGAAGUAAGAAAAAGAAGUCAAGCCCUCAAACAGAUUAUAAAAAAUCACCUUCACCAGAAUCAACAAAAAAUAAUACGAGUGUUGAUGAAUCAAACAUUGACACAACAAAAUUUAAUGAUAAAAGUUAUGAAAAAUUGUCAGAUAACAAUAAAGAUUCUGAAAAUGUUGGGGGUAAAUUGGAUAAAAUACUACCAGAAAUUGUUUCAGAAGAAAUAAAUGAAAAAGACGUUUCAAAUGUUGAUAAAAAUGAAAAUCUGAAGAACAAUCAAACUGGUAUAGACAGUCAAAUAAAAUCAACAGAAAAUGUUAUGGAAAAAGUCAAGACAAAACGUGGAAGUAAGAAAAAGAACUCAAGCCCUCACCCAGAAGAUAUAAAAUCACCUUCACCCGAAACCACAAAAAGUAAUAUUAGUGUUGGUGAAAUAAACAUUGACGCAAAAGUUAUCGAUAAAAGUAAUGAAGAAAUAAAUGAUAAAUUGUCAGAUAACAAAGAAGAUUCAGAUAAGGUUAGCGGUAAAUUGGAUAAAAUACUACCAGCAAUUGUUCCAGAUAAUAAUAGAGUUCCAGAAGAAAUAAUUGAA